AAGGCUUGUGUUGUGCGUCGCUGUGUGAGUUGUUGCCUUUUCAGAUUCUUAACAAGUGAAACGCUACACGCAUUGGCAGAGGUUUUUCAUUUCUUCUGAGAUCCAAAACUCAGAUCCUUCAAAGAUCUUCACACUUCUCAUCACUAUGUUCAAAAAAUUUUCAUCUGAAGAUGUAUCUUCACAAAACCAAGUUAAAGCAUCUGUGCAGCGAAAAAUUCGGCAAAGCAUCGCUGAGGAGUAUCCGGGACUUGAGCCUGUCUUGGAUGAUUUGCUUCCAAAGAAGGCCCCAUUAAUCGUUGUGAAAUGUCAAAACCAUUUAAAUCUGGUUUUGGUUAAUAGUGUUCCACUAUUCUUCAAUAUCCGUGAUGGACCGUACAUGCCUACUCUCAGACUCCUUCACCAGUAUCCGAACAUAAUGAAAAAGUUCCGAGUAGAUCGUGGUGCGAUAAAAUUCGUCCUCGCUGGUGCAAACAUAAUGUGCCCUGGUCUUACAUCCCCUGGUGGUGCUUUGGAUGAUGAAGUGAAAGCAGAAACUCCUGUGGCAAUAAUGGCUGAAGGGAAACAACAUGCUCUUGCUAUUGGCUUUACCAAAAUGUCAGCUAAAGACAUAAAGGCAAUCAACAAGGGAAUUGGGGUAGACAACAUGCAUUACCUCAAUGAUGGCCUAUGGAAGAUGGAGCGACUAGAAUGAGCAAACUUGGGGGGAACAAGUGCAAUGCGACCAUGAAAAAAGUUGAGGUACUUGAAGAAAGAAGAGGUAUAUAAUUAAUGGCUCUUAUUCGCAUUGCAUGAUGAGUCUGUUAUGUUUGAUAUAUACUCGUACCAUAGAGAAAACCUUUGUUUGAUGUAAGUCAGGUUCCCCACAGCAAUGUUGUGGCUGAAUUUUGGAUUGAAAAAAA